AUGCCCAACCCCAACAAGGUCACCGAGCGGCUCUUCCAGUCGCCCUCGAAGUACAUCCAGGGCCCGUACGCGAUCCAAAAUGCCGCGAAGUACCUCGGCAACCUCGGCAAGGCGCCCCUUCUCCUCUGCGAUGACAUCGUCUGGAACAUCGCCGGGAAGGAACUCGUACAAGCCCUCGAAGGCGCGAGCUUCAAGGUAAACCGCGCCAUCUUCGGCGGCGAAGCCUCGCGCGAAGAGAUCGACCGCCUGAGCGCCCUGGGCCGCUCGCACGCCUCCGACUUCGUGAUCGCGCUCGGCGGCGGGAAGACGAUCGACACCGCGAAGACGGUCGCGGACGGGCUCGCGCUGCAGGUCGCGAUCCUGCCCACGACCGCGUCGACGGACGCGCCGUGCUCCGCGCUCUCCGUGCUCUACCGCCCGAGCGGCGAGUUCCACUGCUACACCUUCUUCGACAAGAACCCGAACAUCGUGCUCGUCGACACGACCGUCAUCUCGAAGGCGCCCGCGCGCUUCCUCGCCGCGGGCAUGGGCGACGCGAUCGCGACGAACGUCGAGGCGCGCAGCGUGCGCUUCAGCACGAACUUUGGCGGAGGGCUGCCGACGGAGGUGUCGGCGGCGAUCUGCCAGAAGUGCGAGGAGAUCCUGUUUUCGUACGGGAAGCAGGCGUACGAGGCGAACAAGGCGCACGCGGUGACGCCUGCGCUGGAGGCGGUCAUCGAGGCGAACACGCUGCUCUCCGGCCUUGGCUUCGAGUCGGGUGGGCUCGCGGCCGCGCACGCUAUCCACAACGGAAUGACGGCCAUCGAAGAGCUACACACGCUCUUGCAUGGCGAAAAAGGUCAGCAUGAAACCUGUGAUUCUGUUGCCUACCUUCUCCUGACAACCACCUCCCCAGUCGCAUUCGGCACCAUCUGCCAGCUCAUCCUGGACGGCGCGUCCACAGCUGAGCUGGACCGGUACAUCGAGCUCAUGCUCUCCGUCGACCUCCCCGUCAGCUUCGAGCUACUCGGCAUCCCGAAGGUGAAGGACGAGGAGCUGCGGCGUGUCGCUGAGCUCGCGUGCGCCGAGGGCGAGACGAUCUGGAACCUCGACCGUGUCAUCAACGUCGACCUCGUCUUCGGCGCGAUCAAGGCCGCGGACGCUGCUGGGCGCGACUACAUCAAGAGGACGGGGUUCAAGAAAAACUAG